AUGGAAGAUACAAAAUUUCUUCUUUCAGUUGAUGGAGGUGGAUUCCGAGGGUUAAUUCCGGCAAAAAUAGUCGCUGAAAUCGAAAGAAGAGUUGCUGAAAAAUUAAAAAAUGAAAAUCUUAAUAGUGAUUUAAAAUGUGCCGACUUAUUUGAUAUUGUUGCUGGAACUUCAACAGGUUCUAUACUUGCUUUAUCAUUUGCAAGACCAAAUGAGAAUGAUAAUCGUCCAAAAUAUGAUGGUAAAUUCAUGGUGGAUUUUUUCGUAAAACAUAAAGAUGAAGUCUUUCCAAGUUUUACUCCUUUAACAUUUGUCGAUAAUUUAUUACAUCAUACUGCUGGUAUAUUAAAUACUUUUCGUGUUUCAAGUAUGGCUAGUGGUGUGGUUAAUCUUGUCAGAAAAGAAACUCGUGAAAUUGAGACGACACUAGAAAAUUUAACAAAUACUUCAAAUAAUGAUGCUGCAAUUAAAACUGAAAAAAAAACUUUCAUAGAAUGGGUUGUCAGUAUUGUAAGUCCUACAACAACAAAAAAUCCUGAAAAAGAAAAAUCAAUUUCAAAAGAUGAUACUAAGAAUAAAUCCGUCGAUACUUCAAAAACUAUUUCCGUUGGACCUUCAAAAAGUAAAUCUGAUGAUAAUACUUCAAUUGAUAAAUCUGAUGUCGAAGUUGACGUAACUAAAACUAAAGCUGAACACGAUGAAAGUUUAGUUGAACAGCUAAGAUUUUUAGAUGAUUAUAUAAAAUCUUUUGAUCCUUUGAAACCAAGAUAUGAUCCAGAAAACUUUGAAAAUUUAUUAACUGAAUAUCUUGGCGAUACUAAACUCAAGAAUACUGCAAACAAUGUGGAUGUAUUCAUUACUGCUUUUAAUAUUUCAACUUAUGAACGGACUUUCUUUACAAAUCUAAAUAAUAAGGAUGAUGAUGUUUUGAUGAAAGAUGUUGUACGUGCAAGUGCUGCUGCUCCUACUUACUUUCCCGCAAAAGAAAUUGCUAGUAAAUUUUUUGUAGAUGGUGGUGUUUUUAUGAAUAAUCCAACUGCUAGAGCAUAUCUCGAAGCAAGAAGAAAAUAUCCAAAAUCGAAAUUUGUGGUUCUUUCCCUUGGUACUGGUGUCCACACUCAACCUUUAGAGGAUCAUAAAGAUUCCGGCAUUAUUCAAUGGGUCUAUCCCUUAAUUAAUCUUUUAAUGAAUAAUGAACUCGUAAACCAUGAUGAUACUAUGAGUAUUUUGGCUGAAUUUGAUGGAGCAGAAUAUUAUAGAAUUCAACCGGUAUUAAAAGAAGACAUCUCUUUAUCUGAUACCAAGGAAGAAGCUGUUGAAAAACUUCUUUUAUUAAGUGAUGAAAUUAUAAAUAAUUAUAGUUCAAAGUUGGAUAAAGUAGUUGAUUUGCUCGUUGAUAAAGUUAAAAAAAAGAAUAAGACUACUGCUUAA